AAAGACUCAAAGAAAUGAUUUGACGUUGAUGAAUGAUAUUGUAAUGGUGUUGGUGUUGAUGAUGAUGAUGAUGGAUGAGUUUACUUACUAUAAAAAAAAUCCUUCCUUUAAUUUAACUAUAACUUACCGAAACCAAAAGCAAAGCCGCAUGCAUGGCCCAGUUCCAACCCAACCAAGUCGAAAGUAACACAUUUUUCAUACUCAGAAGUACAUCCCAUUCCCAUGGCUCUUUUCCGAAGGUUCUUUUACCGGAAACCACCCGAUCACCUCCUCGAGAUCUCCGACAGACUCUAUGUUUUUGAUUGUUGCUUCUCCAAGAAUGUGUUGGAGGAAGAGGAGUACAAGGUUUAUGUUGGGGGGGUCGUGGCUCAGCUACAGGAUCACUAUCCGGAUGCUUCUUUCAUGGUGUUCAAUUUCAGAGAAGGGGAUAGGCGCAGUCGAAUUUCAGACAUAAUGUCUCAGUACGAGAUGACAGUUAUGGAGUACCCUCGGCAAUAUGAGGGUUGUCCCCUUUUGCCUCUGGAGAUGAUUCACCACUUCCUUCGGUCAAGUGAGAGCUGGUUGUCCUUGGAGAGCCAACAAAACGUGCUUUUAAUGCACUGUGAAAGGGGUGGUUGGCCUGUACUUGCGUUUAUGCUAGCUGGUCUUCUGUUGUACAGGAAACAGUACAACGGGGAACACAAAACUCUUGAAAUGGUGUACAAGCAAGCACCCAAAGAACUUCUCCACCUUCUAUCCCCUUUGAAUCCACAACCUUCUCAUUUGAGAUAUCUUCAGUACAUUUCCAGGAGGCAUUUGGGUUCUCGAUGGCCUCCAUCAGAAACACCCUUAUAUUUAGAUUGCAUUAUUCUCAGGGUCCUUCCUCUGUUUGACAGAGGAAAAGGAUGCAGACCGGUUGUGCGUGUCUAUGGUCCAGACCCUUCAAAACCUUCCAACCGAAGUUCUAAGCUUCUUUCCUCCACUUCAAUGGGCCAAAAUCAUGUUCGCCACUACUUGCAGGCAGAAUGUAUGCUCGUGAAAAUUGACAUCCGUUGUCAUGUUCAAGGGGAUGUGGUUCUUGAGUGCAUACAUUUAAGUGAUGAUUUUGUUCGUGAAGAGGUGAUGUUCAGAGUCAUGUUUCACACUGCGUUUGUACGGUCAAAUAUAUUGACGCUGAGCCGCGAUGAAAUUGAUAUUCAGUGGGAUGCAAAGGAUCAGUUCCCCAAGGACUUCAAAUUUGAGGUGCUUUUUUUGGACGCUGAUGCUGUUAUGCCUAAUCUAAACACAGUCGAUGCGAGUGACACAGAAUGUGCUUCACCUGAGGCUGAGGAAUUCUAUGAAGCUGAAGAGAUCUUCAGCAGUGUAAUUGAUGUACUGGAAGGUAAGGGAGAUUACGAUUUUCCAAUGGUUCAUGACAGUGGAGUGGAUGAUGGAAGUCAUAAAGAGAUCUGGAAAGAGUAUUCAGAUCCUCAUACUUUUCUGGAUUCCGUGUUAGAUGAUGGGAUUAACCAACAGGUUGAUGAUGGGAGGUACAAGCUUGACAAGGGGGUGGUUUUAGAUACUCAUGCUGUCAAAGAUAUUGGAGUGGAUUAUGGAGUAACUUUUAUGACAAUGGAAGUCACUCUGAAUGCUCUUGAUAAAUUAGCAGUUAAGCAAAACAAAUAUGGCGAAGAUAACAACAAAAUGGAACAAGACUUAGAAUCAGAACUAGGGCUGCAGGUGCUUGAUAUUUCCAGACCAAAAUCUGAUAAAUUACUUAUUUCUUCUGAAAAGAAACAACUUCCUUCAAACUCAAAGCCCAUGCAAGAACCGCAUGGUUUUCAGGCAAAUUAUGCAAAACCCAAUGUAACAACUAGAUCGGUUCCUUCUAGUAAGGGUUCUCUUCAAGAUUCCAUUAAUUUCUCACAUCCACCUUCAAGGAACAAUAGUUCACCACUAACAUUGUCAUAUGUUACCUCUGAAAACAAGGAAAUCAUUGAUGCAAAAGGAAACUCUACUUCUAGUUCUCAUGUCUCUGAAGUAAUUGCUUUUAUGGACACGAUAAACGACCUGAAAAGCUGUGAUGGUGAUAACUCAAUUUCUUCAGACGCUGUACCUGAAAUAGGCUCAAACUGUCCAGUCAAAGAGACAUCUCUUCAGUUAGCUAAUCAAGCACCACAACAGAGCUAUGAUCAAAUGUUACAACUUCAUCCACCUCCACCUCCUCCUCCACCUCCAAUUUUUGGACAAAAUACCCAUUGGAAAUCUGUUGGACCUCCUUCUCCUCCCAUUGCAAAUGGUGUAAUUCCAUCAAAAGUUUCACUAGCACCACCACCACCACCUCCUCCUCCCCCUCCUUUGCAGUCUACAAAUGAACCUUCGCUUCCUUCUACCUCAAUCUCUCCAACAACGUUUAAAGCUCCACCUCCUGCA